AAAAUUUGACAUUUGACGUUCAAGACGCCGUUGUCAGCUGAUAACCGAUCUCAGUAGGAUAAUUUGUAUUUUAUUCUGUUUGUUUAAUAAAAAUAGUGAAAUUUAGUCAUAAUUCCAUUCUCUUAUUGGAGACAAACAAUAUAAUGAACUUUUCUGAUAAUGAAGCCGACGAUACUUCGAGCGUCGAAAGCACUUCAAAUACAGACAAUACAUCCCGGAGUGAAACUCCAACAAACUCACGUGUGAAGAAACGUCGAAGAGGUAAAAAGAAGACUACGAAACAAGUAAAACCACCUUACAAAUUUAAUUGUAGUGCCAAAGAAGACCAUGGUCAGCCAUUAUUUGGUUGCCAGUUUAACCACCACUUGGGUGAAGGGGAGCCGCAAGUGUUUGCGGUGGUUGGCAGCAAUAGAGUCUCCAUAUACGAGUGUCCUGACUCCGGAGGCUUCAAGUUCCUGCAGUGUUAUGCUGAUCCUGAUGUUGACGAAACAUUCUACACUUGCGCCUGGUCAUACGAGGAGGAGACUAACCUCCCUCUCCUCGCCGUCGCCGGCUCUCGCGGCAUCGUGCGCGUGUUCCAGCCGUCCACACAAACCUGCAUCAAGCACUACAUCGGCCACGGACACGCCAUCAACGAAGUCAAGUUCCAUCCUCGAGACCCAAACCUCUUACUCUCAGCAAGCAAAGACCACGCGCUUCGACUGUGGAAUAUCAUGACAGAUGUCUGUAUCGCAAUAUUUGGAGGUGUUGAAGGCCACAGGGAUGAAGUCCUCAGUGCCGACUUCGAUCUCAAAGGCGAGAGGAUCAUGUCUUGCGGCAUGGAUCAUUCUCUCAAACUGUGGCGGUUAGACAAACCGUCGAUGCAUGAAGCUAUCAAGCAAAGCUACAGCUUUAACCCGCAUAGGGCUCUUCGGCCUUUUAAUUCGCUGAAGGAACAUUUUCCGGACUUUUCCACUAGAGAUAUCCAUAGGAACUAUGUGGACUGCGUCAGAUGGAUGGGAGAUCUCAUUUUAUCCAAAUCAUGUGAAAACGCGAUUAUCUGCUGGAAACCAGGCCGUCUGGAAGACACUGAACUUCGUCCUGGUGAUAACUGCGUGACUAUGGUGCACAGAUUUGAUUAUAAGGAGUGCGAGAUUUGGUUCAUACGUUUCGCCGUUGACUACAGUCAAAGGGUUAUAGCACUGGGUAAUCAGUGUGGCAAGACGAUGGUGUGGGAACUCGGUAACGUGGCCGGCGGCUCUCGUGUCUCGCAGCUGGUUCAUCCGAGAUGCGUAGCUGCUGUCAGACAGGUAACGUUAUCUCGCAACGGAAAGAUUCUUUUGACCUGCUGCGACGACGGCACCAUCUGGCGGUGGGACCGAGUCAACAACAGCAGCAUUUGACAGCAGAACAAAACGUAAACUCUGUGAUUUACUGAAUCUAUGAAUGUAAUGACAACCCGCACGAUUGAGAUAAUGUACUACUAGUAUGAGGUAAUUGAAUGAUUGUAUUAUUUGUAAGAUUUAUAUGCAAUGUGAUUUAUCACAAUAAAAUAAGACUGCCAUUAGUCAAUA